CGAGGAAAUUUGAAUUACACGUCAUCGGACUAGUUGGCCCCCACCUUACAUGCUUCCACAGGAGCAACAUGACUCACAAAUUGACAGGCGCCAUUUUCUGCGUUCUAUUCUGCCCACUGCGUGCAACAAAUAAAAUGUCAUCAUCAAACCUUGUGUCUGUAUCUGCCUGCGACGAACAGAUUUCUGGGCCAAAUUCCUAGGGUUUACCACUGCUGUGACUCCUCCCCAUAACGAGCUGUUCAACCUACACUAUACAGCUCAUUAUCGUACAUGUACGACACCAUACGACAACAUUAACGGUACCGUAUGGCCCGUACCUAUGUCCCUGAAACUGAGAGCACCACCAGGACGCAGACAUCGCGUGCCCAGCAACAAAUACAAACACUACAAAGCAUGUUGAAGCUAGUUUAUCAUCAAUCACCCAGCCAGCCACUUACACUCACACAUUCAACCUCAAAGCCUUACCCACAUGCAUUCCUAACCAUGAAUGAUGGUUACAGUCGAUCCAAACAGUGGAUCCAAACAGGGACCGUAACCAGAUUACCGGUCCUAUUAGCACAUAAAAACUAUGUAACACACCAGCUUUCUAGCCACCCAUCGCCGUGUGCUCGCCCGCAGGCAUCGGUCCACAGACAUCCGCACACGCAAAAAGACAUGGCAUGGUGGUUAUGCCUCCUUAGGCAUGCGGAAACACAGCUUAAUUCUGGCAUCGAAGCCGUGACAAAUGCCCGCGAGUUUGUUGCUGCGCUUGCAAACCCGUCCACCGAAAUCCUUCGAAUUUCUUCUCCGGAAAUAGAAGUUGGUUCCUCAGAUUGGAAAUCCAGCGGUUUCGACCUUCCUCUUAUCCGCGAGCGAGAUAUUGUCAUCGAGGGCAAUCCAGAGCUGGCAGAGUGGCCACUCAUCAACUUUGGAAAUGUCCCAGGAAUGGUGAGGUUGGCCAAUAACGUUACCUUGGCAAUGCGAUAUGUCUUCGCCAUUGGUUUUCGCAGCCAGCACUCUCGCAUACCCGGGCUGGACUUCCUGCUUCCGACUUUAGAUGGGGACAUUGCCUACAUUUCAAUUGGACCAGCGGCGGGAAGCUUUGGCUUGUGCUUUCCGGGGGACUACCAGGCUUAUGACUUGGCUCUCAUGGAGCGCCCCAGCGUAUUCCCGGGUAACAACAGUCUCAUCUACGAUGUACCACAGGAUGGAUGCAUCAACGAUACCUCCGCACCCGCUAUGAAACGGUGCUGGCCCCUGAAAACAUCGAUCAUAGACUUUGCGAGUUACGGAGCUGACUAUGAUGUCGCGAGAGAUGUAAACAAACCCAAUGGAUAUCUGUUCCAUGUGGUGAACUCCUCCUACAUCUGCGACGCGGUUGUGGACCGCGAAUGUCUGAACCACAGCGAGCCCCUCGUUUGCUACCUGGAGGCGCAGAGGUCGGUUUUGCUAAUUGCGGUGUUGCUGAUUGCCGUGGCAUGGAGGCGAUGGCAGCUGGUCAAAGGACAUCAACACGGGUUUGACGACGUGAACGGUGUGUCUCACGGCCGUGCUGCUGGUGGCGACGACACGGUCGGGAAUGGAGUCGAGGGCCGGGAAGCGAAAAUGGCGACGCUAGUCAUCAUCCAGCAGGAGGGGGACCGAAAGGCAGCAGGCAACGGCAACGGCAACGGCGACGGAGGCCACAAUAAAGGCGGCGCGAGACCAAAUUCGGUCACAACCGGAAAGCAGCAGCGACUGCCGCUGGCCUCUGUUGCCGCUGCCGCUGCCGCCAAGGGGGAGGCUGGUCAUCUCCAAAUAACUGUUACGGGGCAGGCUUGCGGAAGCGACUGCGGCAGCGAUGCCCCCAACGGUACGGAGCUCUCGGCGGAUGAAGCAGUAGCAGCAGUAGCAGCAGGGCUGGAACCCGCGGACCCCAAGAACGCAGCAAGGAGAGCCGGCAAGGAUGGCGGCAAGAAUUGUUCCAGUAGUGGUGGUAUCCGUUCACGUGAUUGUGGCGGCCGUGCUGGGGAUGCUGGGGACAUCAGCAGGAAAGGCAACGGCAGCGGCAGUAGCGGCACCACGGUGCCACCCAGGGUGGAGCUACUGCCGGUGGUACUCGGCAAAGGCGCUUUCGGGCGUGUGGUGGAGGGGCUGUACGGCGGUCGCCGCGUGGCGGUCAAACUUUUCACCAUUGAUGCGCAGUGGAACGCCCUGGGGCAGCUAGGGGUUACUGCUGACCACCUGCAGAAGAUCUUUCUCCAGUGCUUUGAGCAGGAGUUGCAGGUGCUGCAAAUCAGCAUCGACAUUGCGACUGCACUGGCUUAUCUGCAUCCCACUGUCGUACACAGAGACUUGAAGGUACGACCACAAUGCCGCAUUUACGUGACAAUCAACCUAAAGAACAAGCGAGUGUACUACUAA